AUGAUGAUCAUUCCUCAGUCUUCGCUUGCUCUGCUGCUACUUGCAGCGGCUGCAUCAAACGGUUUCUCAAAAGCGGCCAACCUGCGCCAGCGUAACCUUGGCGGCACCACCACCCCCACUAAUGUCGAAACGUACAAAACCUAUGAAGACUAUGCAUGUACCAUGCUCGCGGCCGUGAACAAGCAGCGCGCCACCAAGGGUCUGUCGUCUCUGUGUCUGAACAAGAAACUGCACAUCGUCGCCCAGGUCCACUCAGAUGACAUGGCCGCAAACGACUUCAUGUCCCACAAAGGGUCGGACGGAUCGACAAUGCCGCAGCGCAUCACACGGGCUGGCUACGACUGGACCUCCGUGGCGGAGAAUGUAGCUGCCGGUUAUGUGACAGUGGAUGACGUGAUGCAGGGGUGGAUCGACUCUCCGGAGCACCUAGAGAACAUCAUGGGCGACCACACGAUGUUCGCGUCCGCAUACACGUUCAACGGGCACGGCACAGAUCAGCAUUACUGGUCGCAGGAAUUUGGCACGAGCGACACCGAGACGUGCGAUGAUGGUUAUGCCUCGAGCACCACCUUGACGCCGCAGCAGCACGCCACUCAGCACGAGGUGCAGGGUGAGGCUAAGACUGUUAUGACACCGAGUCCGACAACGACGAGAAACGCUAUCGCUACCGAGUCCCCGGCCAUUGAGGCUCCUGUCACGAACGCUUAUGACUCUGUAAUGCCUUCACUGACCACCCCGAAACCUGCAGCUGACAGUCCCAAGGGCAAGGACUGUCAGUUCGAGGUGCAGUAUGAGGCGAAGACUGCUCUGACGUCGGAUCCGACAACAGCGACAGACAGUCUCAAGGGCAAGGACUGCGGGUCGAACUUUUGA